AUGGCAAGCCCACUGCAGCCCCUCGAACUUUUUCAACAGCGAUAUCCGUCCAUGGCUUUCUCUCCCCAUGCUCCUUCAACGCACGACGCAAAGGCCAACGGCCUCGCGCAGCCCAGCGGCGUUGGUGUCGCACCUCGCUCGAUUCUCAACAUUGUCGCUCCCCACAUCUCUGAGGCCGCAGCGCCACGCACGGAAGCUCCGGCUUCAAGCAUCGCCCCAAAGACGAGAGCGUCUUCUGUGUUGCUCCAGACCAGCUUUGGCCUCCAGCUGAACAUCGACGACAAGUUGGAUGGCAGUGGCAUAAUCGCCAUUCAGAACAUGAAGCUACAGAAGAGUCACCUGCAGGAAGCUCCCAUUCCAAAUGCCUUUCGGUAUCGGCUACUGCCAGAGUGGCGGACGUCAUUCCUUUGGUAUGACCCGCUGUGGCCACAGAACCCGCCUGGCGAAACCCAUGUUGACGAAGAUGUCAUUACGGCUCGCUACCCCGACUUGGCGGCAUCUUACUUCACGUGGAAAGAUGCCUUUGAAGAAUCAUUUGAGCAGCAAAGAUGCCACCUGGGCAGUGGGUCAGAGCCCUUUGCUGACGAUCUCCAACGUGUGGCUUGGGAAGUAGGAGGCUUCAUUGCAUGUUGGCUGGCCUGCCAGGACGAUGUGGACGGUGUGACAUAUCUCGUUUCGGCGGGCACUUAUGAGAUUGGAAAAGCCGAUGUCGAACUGGUGCUACAGCGCUUUCUCGUAGAUAUGAACGGAUUGCCAUGA